GACGUAACCGCCAGAGCCCACAGUAAUUGGCGUUGCUGCGCGGAACGGAAAGCCUGGUGCGCAGAGCCUGUGUUUGUGCAGCUAAAAUGGCGCUCACUACUCAAGGAACAAAGAAAAAAGUUUGCUACUAUUACGACGGUGAUGUCGGAAAUUAUUACUAUGGGCAAGGCCAUCCCAUGAAACCUCACAGAAUCCGCAUGACUCACAACUUGUUACUCAACUAUGGACUCUAUAGGAAGAUGGAAAUUUACAGACCCCACAAGGCCAACGCAGAGGAGAUGACCAAGUACCACAGCGAUGACUACAUCAAGUUCCUGCGCUCCAUUCGUCCAGACAACAUGUCUGAGUACAGCAAGCAGAUGCAGAGAUUUAACGUGGGGGAGGACUGUCCUGUUUUUGACGGAUUGUUUGAGUUCUGCCAGCUUUCAACAGGAGGCUCUGUCGCUGGAGCCGUGAAGUUGAACAAACAGCAGACAGACAUCGCCAUCAACUGGGCUGGUGGGCUCCACCAUGCCAAGAAGUCCGAGGCUUCCGGUUUCUGCUACGUGAACGACAUCGUCCUGGCCAUCCUGGAACUGCUGAAAUACCACCAGAGAGUUCUGUACAUCGACAUAGACAUCCACCAUGGCGACGGCGUGGAAGAGGCCUUUUACACCACAGACCGUGUCAUGACUGUGUCCUUCCAUAAGUAUGGAGAGUACUUUCCUGGCACAGGUGAUCUUCGGGACAUUGGAGCUGGGAAGGGGAAGUACUACGCUGUGAACUACCCUCUUAGGGACGGAAUAGAUGACGAGUCCUACGAAGCCAUAUUUAAACCUAUCAUGGCCAAGGUUAUGGAGAUGUACCAACCCAGCGCAGUGGUGCUGCAGUGCGGCGCCGACUCGCUGUCUGGGGACCGACUUGGCUGCUUCAACCUCACAAUCAAAGGUCACGCUAAGUGUGUGGAAUACAUAAAGAGCUUCAAUCUUCCCCUGCUCAUGCUGGGAGGAGGGGGCUACACCAUCAGGAACGUGGCCCGCUGCUGGACCUACGAGACUGCUGUUGCCCUGGACACCACCAUCCCAAAUGAGCUUCCGUACAACGAUUACUUUGAGUAUUUUGGUCCGGACUUCAAACUCCACAUCAGCCCCUCGAACAUGACCAACCAGAAUACAAACGACUACCUGGAGAAGAUCAAGCAGCGUCUGUUUGAGAAUCUGCGUAUGCUUCCGCACGCCCCAGGCGUCCAGAUGCAGGCCAUCCCCGAGGAUGCUGUGCAGGAGGACAGUGGCGACGAAGAGGAGGAGGACCCCGAUAAGCGGAUUUCCAUUCGCGCUCACGACAAGAGGAUAGCAUGCGAUGAGGAGUUGUCCGACUCGGAGGACGAAGGCCAGGGUGGCCGCAGGAACACUGCCAGUUACAAGAAGGCCAAGCGAGUGAAGACUGAGGAGGAGAAGGACGGAGAGGAGAAGAAGGAUAUUAAAGAAGAGAAAACAUCUGAAGAGAGCAUGGACACAAAGGAAGCAAAAGAGGAACUGAAGACGGCAUGAGAAGCUCAACAGUGCACUUCACACAGAUGCUCAGUUUGGCAGUAGAAUUGGACCCCUGACUCCACCCUCUGAACAACACUGCAGCCAACACAAGGGACUGUAAAUUAUUUUCUAAAACACAUUUUACUGUUUGUGCUUCAAGAGCUUGAAAUGGUUUGAAAUGACAUUGACUUGAGUUAAAUGCUUUUUGUUUUGGUUUGGAUCUUCACAUGGUGUAUUUUUUUCCUGUUUAAAUGAAGUGUAAAUGUCUUCUGUUUUUUUUCUUUUCUUUUUUUUAUAUAAAGGAGUAUUCCAGUAUACACAGGACUAGCCAAUGGUCACAAUGUUGAGUUCACUUUAAUGUUAGAGUUCUGGGUAAGUUAUUUAAAUCAUGGACAAAACUCAGUUUUCAGCAUUUCAUUCUGUGUUUCGUCCCAUUUUUAGUCUUUUGAUAACAAGGAAUCCGGUUACUGUACACGGCAUUCUGUACCUCUUUUUUAAUGUUCUAGUGUUUUUAUCUUAUUCUAUUGGAUUUGAAAAUACCCCAUUGGGAAUUUACUUCCAGCAUUGGAUGGAUUUUCAGUUUUACUGAAUAUUUGAAUAGGUUUUCGUGGUUGUGAAAUGCCCAUUUAUUAAAGAAAGAAUUUGGUAAAGAAAAAUAAAGAACAUAUCGGUCAAAAAGAUGACCUUGUCAAUUUUAUCUAACUGUUUUAUUACAAAUAUUUCCUCAGUGGUCAGCUUGUUCUCCAA